AUGGAACGCAUCCCCUUUCCCCGACACUACAGCUCCUCAGAACCACCUCCCAAUCCCAAUCCCAAUCCCAAUCCCAGUCCCAGUCCCAAUCUCAAGUCCAAGACCCCCGUCGACAUCGCCGCCCUCCUCUCCAAACCAACCUGGUCUGUCCGCUCUUUAAUCCCCGCAGCACCAUCGCCGACCACCGAAAUCACCCCUCAGAAACUGCACCACCUCCUUCGCCUUUCCGCGCUUCCCCUCCCCAAGACCCCGCAAGAAGAAGCCUGCAUGCUAGCGGACCUGCACUCGCAUUUGCAUUUCGUGCAUGACAUCCAGAACGUCGAUACAGAGGGCGUGGAGCCGCUGCAGAACAUCAGGGACGAGACAGACGAGGGGGUGAGGGAUAUCACGAUCGGGCUGGAGCAGAUGAAGGAGGCGCUGGCAAAGGAGGAUGUGGUGGGGCGGAAUCGGAGGCCGAGGAGGAGGAGGGGGGAGAAAGUCGAUACGGGAGACGUGGAGAACUGGGAUGUGCUCGGGACAGCGGGGGAUAAAGUUCAGGGGUCUGGAGGGUCUUAUUUUGUUGUUAGGAGUGGCAAGGAGGAGGGUCAGAAGACGGGCGAUUGA